CCCCGGCGGCAGUAUGGCGCCCACCUCGGCAGGCGACGAACGCGCGCGCUAAAACUAAACACAAAAUAAUACGUAAAUAAUAAUAUUAUUAUUAAAAUAAAAUUUUCGAAUGAUACAAAAUAAGUCAUUGAGUGUUGUUGUAAAAAUGAUAAAAACAGUGAAUUCGUAUUGAUUUUUAGUUGUGUUCCCAAACAUUCCUGCUAUUACAAAAACUCAAUUCUUAAUUAAUAUGAAUAAUCUAAAAACAAAAGAAUAAAGUGAAUCCUAUAAAACGUGUAUAAAACAAAUGUGAAUCAAAAUGGCGUCGUCGAAAGAGUGCGCCAAAGUGACAUCUUCAAUUGACAGUUUAAAAUUAUCGAGCAAAAAUACAUCAAAGAGUUCGUCGAAGCAUGCGUCCUCCGAAUCAGUCCUGUCGAAAAAGGACAAGGAAUGCCUCCAGAUGCAGGAAUGCAAGAAGAAACUCCUGGCAAUGGAGCCUCAGAUUAUCGUGAGGGACGACAAUGUAGUGUUGAGAUCUCCUCCGCAGAAGAAGAUCGUGAUGCCACCGACCAUUAACGCUGAGGAAUUGGCCGCCUCUACUCCGACCCAACGCAACUGGCGCGGCAUCCUCAUAGCACUGCUUGUGAUCGCCGCUGUCCUUGGUCUCAUCGUCUUCAGUAUAGUACUCCUAACGCCGGCAGGAGACGGGGGCAGGAUUAAGGGGAAGCGUCCGACCCUACAAGAUGUACUGGCUGAGCAUUACAAGCCUUUUAAUGGAACUUGGUUAACAGAUGAAGAAUUAGUGUUCAGAGACAGAUGGGGAGGCCUGACUCUGUUCAACGUGAAGAACCUGACCACGAGGCUCCUCAUGACAAAUUCUACUUUUAGGGAGUUAAACGCUGUGGACUUCAAGGUGUCUCAAGACUUGAAGUUCGUCUUGCUGAUAUCUGAUGUGAGACCAGGUUGGAGGCAUGGCCGCCUGGCGAGAUACCACGUCUAUGACGUGAUUAAUAGGAAUAAAAUCCCCAUAUCGCCAGUGGAAGACGAUCGUUCAGCGCCGCUGCUGCAGCACGCGGAGUGGUCCCCGGUCGGCUCCAGCUUAGUAUUUGUACACGACAACGACAUUUACUACAAGCCAAGAGUUUUGAAAACCCUGAUUUGCAGGAUCACUAAAGAUGGUGUCCCGGGAGUAAUAUUCAAUGGAGUACCAGAUUUCUUAUACGAGACCGAAGUGUUGCGGUUAGACCGAGCAUUAUGGUUCAGUCCGGACGGUCAGACCCUCAUGUUCGCGACGUACAACAACUCCCAAGUCCAAGAACACAAAUACCCGUGGUAUGGUCUGGACGACCCUGAACCGCCCGCUUAUCCCAUAAUUAAAUCGGUCAGGUAUCCCAAGGUGAACACCAACAACCCUGAAGUAACAAUAUACGUUGUCAGUUUAAAAACGCCGAAAUAUCUGUUCCCUCAUGCGAUACAGUUUUCAUCACAAGUGGACAAAACUUGGUACGUGCGCUGGACAGAGUGGAUGUCGGAGAAGCAGAUAGCAGUUCUGCUCCUCAACCGGGCUCAAAACGUCUCCAUCAUCAGCGUUUGUAGUGCAGCUCAAUACAAUUGUCAAGAUAUCUACCGCGACGAAACGGACGGUUCGCGCUGGUCAGGCCUCGGGGCUGAACCGGUGGAGGAAGACUGCGGGUGGUGUUUCGGACACGCCCUCGUCGGUUCUCGGUCGGGGAUCUACACUACGUCCCCCGUAGCAGACACAACUGGGAUCUGGAGACAUGCCGUCAAAGUGUCAAUAGAUGGAAGAACCCCUCUAACACAGGGCAGCUUUGAGAUCACGCAGCUGCUAGGAUGGGAUGAGAAAAGGAAAUUCUUGUACGUGGUGGGCACUGGUGUGGACAAGCCGGGAGAGAGACAUUUGUACCGCGUCAGUGGGAUCGAGCCGGGCGUGUGGACACCACCACCGGUCUGCCUCACCUGCUCAGUGUCACCAGCACCACCUACUACCACCGAAGCAGACCCGGACGACCUGGAAUACGAGAACGGGACGUCGUCCUUGCCGGCGUGGCCGUCCUCGACAGUGCUCCCGCACGUUGCCGAUGAGAAUGACUCGCUACCCGGCGAGUGUCUGUACAACAGGAUCAUGUUUAGCAAGAACUUCUCAUAUUACGUACAGGAGUGCUUGGGUCCCGGUCCUCCCGUGACGUUCCUGUGCACGCACUGGGGGGAGCGCCGCGCCGUGCUGUGGGACGGCUGGCCACUCAGACACAAGUUUGGACAACUGGCUCAUCCGCAAGUCAAAGUGUUCAGGGUCGAGGUACAAGCAGAAAGGGAAGCCCGGGUCAGGCUGCUACUGCCACCAGGGUUUAAAGAGACGGAUGACCUGCCGUUACCGCUAGUGUUGCACGUGUCCGCUGAGCCCGGAGGUCAGCUGGUGACCGAGCGCUGGUCCCCGGGCUGGGGCUGGUACCUCGCAGCCACCAGGAACUUUAUCGUCGCGCAGAUCGACGCGCGCGGGUCCGGUGGACAGGGUGAGGAGCUGAGGACGGAGAUAUACCACAAACUGAUGUCCAUAGACGUGGAAGAUCAAAUUGCCGUACUGUCGUAUCUCCGCGAUAACCUGAAGAUGGUGGACGGCAGCCGAGUGGGGGUGUGGGGGCGCGGGUACGGCGGCGGUGCGGCGGCCGCGCUCGCAGCUGACGACGCCCGCAACGUGACGCGCUGCCUGGCCGCCGUCGCGCCCCUCACCGACCUCAGACACCACAAGUCGUACUGGGCGGAGCGUUACGGCGGGUACGGGUCGGGCUGGGCGGGCGCGCUGGGUGCGGGCGCGGUGUGGCGGCGCGCCGGGAACCUGCCGCCGCGCCGCGUGCUGCUCGCGCACGCCGCCGCCGACCUGGCCGCGCCGCCGCCGCACGCGCUCGCCCUGGCGCGGGCGCUGGUGCGGGCCGGGGCACUCUANCAUAGCCACAAGCUAGUGUUACCGUGGCCCAAGGUUUGGAGCUGGUCUUAUGAUAAUUGCAUAUGUGCCCGUGUAGAGUCGUACUGGGCGGAGCGUUACGGCGGGUACGGGUCGGGCUGGGCGGGCGCGCUGGGUGCGGGCGCGGUGUGGCGGCGCGCCGGGAACCUGCCGCCGCGCCGCGUGCUGCUCGCGCACGCCGCCGCCGACCUCGCCGCGCCGCCGCCGCACGCGCUCGCCCUGGCGCGGGCGCUGGUGCGGGCCGGGGCACUCUACACGCACCAGAUAUAUCCAGAUGAGGGGCACAACUUCGAGCGCUCGUCCAUCCACCUCCACAAGACCUUGGAGCAGUUCUUCGACGAUUGUUUCGGGCCGGUCGAGGUCGCGGACUGGGACGCGACCGGAGUCGGAGGCCUAUUCCCGUUCAGGGACUAAGUUAUUAGCAAACAGCCAACCUUAUUCCUGUGCAUACCUCCCUUCCUCCUCAUAUGUUUUAAAACUGACGCCCAAGUGGAAUUUUAUUUCGUUUUGAUUUUUCUUCACGCCGUUAAGAUGUAAAAACCGCAUACACUCCGUCUACUGAUCAACAAACAAUUCACUGUAAUGAUCACUGAAUCAGAGCUUUAACACUUUUCUAAUUCGUAACUGUAAACUUUAAAACGGGACUUCUGUCUUCAAGAACUUUCCUAUUGUUUAUUGUUUUAUUAGCUUUCGUUGGCAAAC